GCUAAGAUAAAACCCUAGGAGGAGGAAAAGCCAUUCGCAGUCAAAUUUGGAUGCGUUUAGGCUAAAUCUGCACUUUUGUACUCUAAGGGGGUAAACACUUAUCCAUUGUUAGUGUGAUGUUCUAACUUUUAAAGGCUUGAUUUUGACAGUGUAAUCGUAAUCUCUGUUUCGGUUUCGUAGCUCGAGAUUGUUUGACUUAAUACUUUGAGGUUAAUGUUCUGGUAGCUUGAUUGCCAAGACUCUUCAUCUAGAUCAAUGGGAAAGCAAAUAAAUAACACGUUCACUUGGGUGAUUAAGAAUCUCUCCACUCUGCAAGGUCUUGAAGUUCGUUCUAAAAUUUUCGUUGUUGGUGGCUGCAAGUGGCGUCUUAUUGCCUAUCCAGAAGUUAACGAUGCCGAUGGUUACUUGUCUUUGUCUGUGUAUCUGGGCGUUCCUGAUUGUUGUGAGUCUUUGCCUUCUGGAUGGAAAAGGCAUGCAAAGUUUUCCCUAACUAUAGUUAAUCAACUUUCAGAAGGACUCUCCCAAGUGCAAGAAACACAAGCGUGGUUUGAUGAGAACGCUCCUGGAUGGGGUUUUCCACCAAUGCUAAACCUUAAAGAUGUUUCUGACAAAUAUGGUGGAUUCCUGGUGAACGACGAAGUCAUGGUUGCUGUUGCGGUAGAUGUUAUUGAAGUUGUUGGUUCAUUAGAUGCACCAGAGAUGUCUGAGAGCAUGGAUAUCAAAGGGUUUAAAGUUCUUCCUUCACAGGUGAAAUCUGUGAACCGUUUGUUUGAGAGUCACCCAGACAUUGCAUCAAAGUUCAGUAUAAAGAACCAAUCUUUGAAGACAGCGUACAUGAAUGUCCUACUCUGCUUGGCCGAGACUCUGCACCAAUCGCCUAUGGAAAUCUCCGAGGAUGAUCUGUCUGAUGCGAAAACUACUCUGGCCUACAUGAAAAGUGUAGGAUUUAAGCUGGAUUGGUUGGAGAAAAAACUUGAUGAGUUGUUUGAAAAGAAGAAGGAAGAAGCUGAUAAGAUUCGGAUGCAAAACAUUGAGGAAGAGCUCAAAGAUUUGAGGCAGAAGUGCUCAAGCCUUGAAGCUCUUUUGAAGAAGGAGAAGACAGGUGUUUUGGCCGCCAAAGCUCCUUUCUUGUUUUUUAAUAACGUUAACGAUGAUGACCUUAAGUGGAUCUUACGAGCGGUAAUGUACACCCUCAUCAUGAUGUUGUUCAUUUCAAUAUAA